AUUCGUGUCUUUUUUUUUUUUUUUUUUUGGGUGUGAGCCGCGUGACUGACGCCACAUCAGUCCAAAACUGAAAGAACGCUUUAUUCAGAAAAUGAGCAACCAGUAGCUAAUCUGUGACCAGUGAUUUGUGAAAGAAAUAGACUUGCAAUUACUCCAUAGCCUAUCAGCUGGAACAAGCUACAAUUCCACAUGUGGGAAAGUAGAGCCCUGUGGCAGACACAGCAGAUUUUAGAGGAGAAAAACUAAUUUUGAUUUGGUUUGCCAAAGAAUGGAUAUGUGUACAAGAUGCUUGUGGAAAUACAACCUGCACAAGAUCUGAUUUUUGAACUACCGUCGUCUUGUCUCUCGGUUUUCAACAAAAAUACUGUUAGCUGUUAAGGCACCCAUCAGACCAUACAACUAAUGGCACAGAUAAUGUGAAGAAUGAGGAAAUGUUUCCUCAAUGCUCACAUUAACUGACUAAACUCCACUGAGAUUUAUGUGACAUGUUCACUUUAAGGAUUACUGUUCUCAUUACUAUUAUUUUUCCACUUAACUAUGAAUUUUGCUUUUGUGGAUGUGCUCAUGCUGAAUAUGAGAUAGAGGGGCAAUGCUGCCCGAUGUGUGCUCCUGGAAAUCGUGUUGUUUGGCACUGCACAGAUGACACCAGCACAACUUGCGUUCCAUGCCCUGAAUUCACUCACAUUGAUGAACCCAGUAGCUACACUGAAUGCUUUACUUGUACUGUGUGUGAUGAAGGCCGAGGGUUAAGAGUGAAUAAAGCAUGUACUCAGUCGUCAGAUACUGUUUGUGGGCCGCUGGAAGGAUUCUACUGCACUGAACAAAAUAAAGGCAGCUGUAGAUUCGCUGUGCAACAUUCUGAAUGCAGCCCUGGACAAUAUAUCAAACAAGCGGGAACUGGCUCCACAGAUACAGUAUGUGCUGAUUGUAAAGGUGACACGUAUUCAAACGGCUCUUUUUCAUCCUGUUUACCACACACAAAAUGUGAAGCAUUGGGACUUACUGAAACAAAUCCAGGAACAAAAUCAUCUGACAGUGAAUGUGGAAAUUCCCCUACUGCUUUAGCAGUCAUUAUUUUUAGUGUUAUAGUUACUUUAAUAAUAAUAUUUACAGUAGUUUUUACAAUUAUACAUAUUCGAAAGAAGAAACAUUCUAAACAUUCAGGUAAGCUUUAUUCAAUUUGUUCAGAAUAUUUUUAUGAGAUCUAAUUGUUUUAUAAUUGACUUUUCUAUGCAAAUUCAACCAAAUUAAAUAAAAUAGGCCUACAGUAUAACUGAUACUGUAACUAAUACUUUUUAAUGAUCAUUCAUACACUAAAUAUUUGCUACAAUUAGAAAAAAAGCUGGUGAUGCGAUAGUGAUGAGAAAUAUAAUAUUGAUUAAAUUACUGGUCAUUUUGUCUUCUGUUCAUACAGGAAUACAGGUAUAUAGAAAGUUUAUUACUUUUUUAACAUUAAAGAGAAAAAAUGAAGCAAAUAUCUUUUACUAUGUUUUAAAUAACUAAAUGUAUGUUUAUUUGUUUUUUGUAACAAGGAAACAGGAAAUUAUUUAAAUGAAAAAGACAGUACAAAAGUUGUUAGUGGCAGGAUAAAUGAUGAGACAUUCGGAAUGGAAGAACAAGUCCUUACAAAAUGUGAAUGACUGCAGUUUCCAGACUACUCAGAAUUGUCUCCACAUUCUCUAAAGAACUUUUCAUGCCUGAAGUCCAGCAGCUAGAGCCACUAACAGUCCUUAAACUGAGGGGCACCCAUUUGACCAGCGACUGCCUGCUUAUGAACUGCUGUGCUCCCAGCUUAAAAAAUAUAUAUAUAUACAAUAUGAACAUGAGGAAAGAGGAAUAUUACAAAACUGUGAUAAAACAUAAAACACUUUUUAACGGAAGCACUAUGUUCAGUUUUGCACAAUUUCUUUUUUUGAUUAACUAAAUGUAUUCAUUUAGCAUUAUAUUAAAGUAGCCUCUUUUUAAAUUGCAA